AUGGACGGUAUUAUCAAGAAUAUAAAUCUUGAUGUUCUCUUUCCUCUCUUUGAGGUUUCUGGCUCCCCCAAUUGUCCUACUAAUAGUUACAGUUAUUACAAAGGAGACACCAACCAAAGCUCUCGCCACCCCAACCGUGUUCCUCGUCAGGAUCGUAUUAUGCUUCCUGGCCCUUUUGCGAUCACCCCCCUCAUUGGCUCAUCUUCUGCUUCCAUCUACAAUCCAACCAACAAAGAUUCCCUUCCUUCUUUGUCGGUUAAACCGCCACGCAACACUGAUGUAGUCGACCCUGCCGAAGAGAAAACACUGUUCGACAAAACCGCAAAUGUCGCAGAUCUGGAAGAUUAUACCAUGUUCGACGCCCCUCCAGAGAAGGCGAAUGCUGAACAAGUGCGAUUCCAUCUGGAGUCCGACUCCAACAAGUUCAACUGGAACGUGUGGAAAUUGUUGCUCUCCGGGCUGUUCGAUAAUGGCGUGAACAGGUUUCCUGAGCCCAUCACUUCUGCUGCUGGCGACGAUCUUCUCCAGAAUCUUCCUGACAAUCUUGCCCUCACUGGUCUCACCCAACAAUGUCUCACUCCCAAGUUUUCUCUAGAUAUCAUUUGCCAAGGUGCUGCUAAAUCUUCCAAUUCUAGUAGCCUUGGCCCUGAUGGAUUGCCAUAUGAAAUUAUUCAAGUCAUACUUGACCACCCUGAAUUCUCCACUCUUGUCUCGCGUGUGUACAAUGAAGCUUUGUCGGAUGGUGUCUUAUCCCAAAAAAGGGGUGACCCAUCCUUCCUCGGUUUUCUGUCUUCUGUCCUUGAUACUGUGGCUAUUCUGCAUCCUAUUAAACUUCUAGCUUAUGCCGACAAUCUUCCGGUAUUUCUCCCUGAUCCUGCUCACCUUGCCCGACUCCACACGCAUCUCACCGCCUAUUCCGCUGCGUUCAAUGCGCGUAUCAACCUCCACAAAACACAAGCUUUCUCGCUCUCUGGCAGUCCUCUUCCUGACUGCUCCUCCACUCUCCGUGGUCAUAACAUUACCAGUUGGCAUGACCGCACCUCGUCCCUACCUCUCCGUUAUCUCAGCUUUCCGAUGAUUUACUCUAAGGCUCAGCGGAACUCGUUCUGCUCCUCUCUUCUCCAAAGAAUUGAAGACAGGUCCAACUUCCACUCCUCCCGCUCUCUAUCCUUUUGGGGUAAAGCCACAGUUUUAACAUCUCUCAUACUCUCUCAGCUUUGGAAUGGUUUGCGUAGGUCUCUCUGCCUAUGUGCUUCUAUCAGAAGACCUGGUUCAUCAUGGGUGGCUUUCUUCAAUGCGGUACCUUCCCUUUGGUUUUUUCAGAUACUUUUUGCCUCCCCGUCUGACACUCUACCACUUCGCUGUCUUCAACAUCUUGUCCGGUCUCCUCAGUCUCCACCUGGUUUUGUUCCGUGCUGGAUGUCCGGCUUGCCUCAAGUCUCAAUUCCUUCUAUUUCUCCCCGCUUCUCCCUUGUAUUUCCAAGUAUGAAACCUUCUGGAUGGCAGGAUCUUGUCUCUCCUCUGAACUUAAUCGUCGCUGCCAUCAACCUUCUUCGCGACUUUUAUAAUGGGGUAGUCAACUUGACUACUCGUCUUGAUUUGCCCCUCUCAGCUAAUAAUAUUAUCCAAGGUUCCUACUUGUAUAAUCCUUAUAUUUUCAGCCAUUUUUUAAGAGGAAUAGGAUCAAGCAUAUUAAUUUCCUUGAUAUUACAGUGUUUCUACUUGAGAUUGAGACGAUGUUGA